GCUUCUUCCAUUUCUUAAACCGAAAGUAACAAAAGAAAAUUUAUUUUAAAUGAGAAGCUUACGUUGCUUCUUCUUCUUGUUCUUGUUCUUGUUUGAAGGAGCGUUUGCAGCUGCAGGAAAGAUAUGGAGCAGAACAGAGAUGGUGGAGAUGGCUGGUUACGGUGAACAAAAACUCUCUUCCGUGAUCAUCACUGGAUCUCUUCUCUGCGACACUUCAAGUCCUAUCCUUCCCUCUAUAGCUAUUCCAGGUGCAACUGUUGCCAUAAAGUGUCAAACUGGAUACAAAAGGAGAUCAAAAUGGAUCAAAGCUGUUACUGAUGAUUUGGGAGAAUUUGAAAUCGAUCUUCCUUCUCAACUCCACGCAAUUCCCGACAUGGAAAACACGUGCGUUGUUAAGCCAGUACAUGUGCCUAAGCUAUAUAGAUGCAAUCACAGGUCGACCAAUGCACACAAACGUAUCAAACUUGUUUCCUCGAACAACGGCUUCCGUGUCUACACCUCAGGGAAGAUCAGGUUACAGGGUAGUCAAAGUUCAAGAUCAUAACAAGCUGCGUGGUGUCAAGAUUUUCAACUAAAGAUUUAAACAUUAAACAGUACAGUUCUUGUUUUAGAUGGCGCUUCAGUCACAGAACCGAGUCAGAGUCUCUCUACAUUGUUUUUUUCAUGUUUCCCACAAUGUAAUUAAGAAUGGUGUUUGCAUCAUAUGUGUAAAGGUUCGCAUGAUAUUGAUACAAGUUGCAAUGCAGUCACAUUUUAAUAUAUAUGAAAUGAA